AUGUCACUCUCGACAGUUAAGCCCGCAGAUCCGCAGCCCCCAACACCAACCCCAGACACUCAGGACUCCAAACUCCAGAAAGCUCUGCAACCCACACAACCCACAGCGCAAACCAAAAAAUCUCUCCGCCGCAUAUCUUUGCACCCAACGCUAACCCCCUACCGCCGGCGCGUGUAUCGUACGCUCCUCUCCGUCCCGUCAGGUCGGUGGACUACCUACUCAGCGAUGGCGACCCACCUAGGCUCCAGCGCGCGAGCAGUGGGAAACGCGAUGCGCAGUAACCCCUUUGCGCCGGAGGUGCCGUGCCAUCGGGUCCUUGCGGCAGAUGGCUCGUUAGGUGGGUAUAAGGGGGAGUGGAAAGUUGAUGGGCAUAAAGGUGGUGGUGGGUUUUGUGAGGAAAAGAUGCUGAGGCUUGAGGAGGAGGGUGUUGUAUUUUUGAAUGGGAAGGUUACGGGGGUUUGUUUCAAGGAGUUUGUGGAUUUGGCGGCUAAGUGA